UUCGGUUCUAAUUUGAUUCGGCUGAGUUGAGUCUCAAACCGAUCCCGUUUAUGUGUUCCGUGUAGUGUGGUAGGUAGCCAAAAGGAAGAAAGAAAAGAAGUGUCAAGUGUGGCUCCUAUGUUUUUCAAGUCAACUUGAUCCGAUCGGCACCCAACUGGGUGGACCCAACACAACCCUUACCAAUAAUACCUAACCCAUCAUCCACCAACCACACUUCCACUCCGAUUUUACCCCUCUGAUUACCCCUUAAUUACCAUCCUGUCCUCCUCCACCAACCCCCGCCAACGAUCAACUCACCACCAACCUCCGCCAUCCAUAUAAGCGUUUUUCCUCCCGAACAAUUUCCAGCAACACACAACAAAUUCCACAAUACAAAAAAAAAAAAGGAUACUUCACGAUGGAAGCAAAGACGGAGACCAUUUUCCGAUCACGUCUGCCGGACAUUUAUAUACCCAAGCAUCUCUCUUUGCACGCGUAUUGCUUUGAAAAUAUUUCCAAGUUCAGUGAUCGACCGUGCUUGAUUGACGGCGCCACCGGUGUUGUAUACAGCUAUGCUGACGUCGAGCUCAGCUCACGAAAAGUCGGUUCUGCCCUUCACAAACUAGGCAUCAACAAGGGUGAUGUCAUCAUGAUUUUGCUUCCCAAUUCGCCGGAAUUUGUCUUCUCGUUCCUUGGCGCUUCCUUCAUCGGCGCCGUCUCAACAAUGGCGAACCCGUUCUUCACAUCUUCUGAGAUCCUCAAGCAAGCCAAGGCUUCCGGCGCGAAAAUCAUUAUCACUCAAUCAGCACAUGUGGCGAAGCUGAAGGACUUCGCAUCGGAGAAUUCGAUCAAGGUCGUUUGCAUCGAUUCAGCUCCGGAAGAGUGCCUUCACUUCUCGGAGUUGGUUUCCGGCGAUGAGAAGGAGCUUCCUGAAGUUGACAUCUCGUCGGAUGACGUCGUGGCUCUGCCGUAUUCAUCCGGGACUACCGGAUUGCCAAAAGGAGUCAUGUUGACUCACAAAGGGCUGGUGACGAGUGUAGCACAGCAAGUCGACGGUGAAAAUCCGAAUUUAUGGAUUCACAGCGAGGAUGUACUGAUGUGCGUUUUGCCAUUGUUUCACAUCUACUCGUUAAAUUCGAUCUUGUUGUGCGGAUUACGCGCAGGGGCUGCUAUUCUCAUCAUGCAAAAAUUCGAUAUAGUUCCAUUUCUGGAGCUGAUUCAGAAGUACAAAGUCACAAUCGGACCGUUCGUGCCUCCUAUAGUUUUAGCAAUCGCGAAAAACGCAGACGUUGUGGAUAAAUACGAUGUAUCGUCGAUUCGAACGGUAAUGUCCGGCGCGGCGCCGUUGGGCAAAGAGCUUGAAGACACCGUAAGGAUGAAGUUCCCCAAUGCGAAGCUUGGACAGGGUUACGGAAUGACGGAGGCAGGACCGGUGUUAGCGAUGUGUUUGGCUUUCGCCAAAGAGCCAUUCGAGAUCAAAUCAGGGGCAUGUGGCACAGUAGUCCGUAAUGCCGAGAUGAAGAUCGUCGAUCCAGACACGAAUGCUUCUCUUCCUCGGAAUCAACGCGGUGAGAUCUGCAUUCGCGGUGACCAGAUCAUGAAAGGUUACCUUAACGAUCCGGAAGCAACAAAGAGAACGAUCGUAGACGGGUGGUUGCACACCGGAGACAUCGGGUUCAUUGAUGACGAUGAUGAGCUUUUCAUAGUCGAUCGAUUGAAGGAGUUGAUAAAGUACAAAGGAUUUCAAGUUGCUCCAGCGGAGCUUGAAGCAUUGCUGCUCACACAUCCGCACCUAUCUGAUGCUGCCGUGGUCCCAAUGAUAGAUGAGGGUGCUGGGGAAGUUCCGGUUGCGUUUGUGGUUAAAUCAAACGGCUCAACCGUCACCGAGGACGAAGUCAAGCAAUUUAUCUCCAAACAGGUGGUAUUCUACAAGAGAAUUAACCGUGUGUUCUUCGUCGACACGAUCCCUAAAUCCCCAUCUGGGAAAAUUCUUCGUAAGGAUUUAAGAGCAAAGCUAGCAGCUGGUAUUCCAAAAUAAUCUAUUUGCCCGUUUUUAUCUACAUUUAUUUACGGGUGUUUUUCUUCCAAGUUCAAACGAUCAAUUAUGAUGCACACUACAAUUUUUAAUUUGUAAAAGUACGUUGAUGCGUUGUAUCUAGUCGAUUUAAAAUUGUAAGGAAAAUUACCGAAAUUUAAGUUGAACAUUGUUUGUGUA